AUGUUAAAUCUUUUCUGUGGUCGAAAAACUAGAAAAGAUAUAUUGUUAAUAAUCUCGGCCAUCUUGGUAACUCUUGCAACAGGUAAGCAAAAAUUUAUCUUUUGAUUGAGUCGCUUCUUAGGAAUCAUGAAUUCAUCGUUUACAAAAUAAACGAAGUGUGUCUUAGAAGACGCUAUCGAGCACUUUAUCAUGGCUCAAAUAAUAAUAGGUCUUUUUGCGAACAAUGUUAAAAAUCCACUGAAAGGCUUCACAAUACACGGUUUUUAAUCUUACCACCAGUUUCACCAGAUUGUCACUUGCUCAGCGAAGCUUGACUGUAAGAACAGUAUUGUGUGAAAGUUAACUGCGAGAUCAUGACUCCGUCGGCUCGUUUUAGUAAAAAAAUUAACCAGAUAAAAGUUUGCAAAGCGAGUCUUUGUGGCUUCAGAAGUUUUCAUUUUACCAAAGAGAAUGAAAUCUCUGUCAUUAUGUUAUAAUCGCAUUUUUCACGGCAUAUUGAAAGUUUGAAACGAUGUUUUUAUCGUUGUAGUGCGCUUUUAGAUAAAUCAAUUGAGCAGGAGAAUUCCUUAGACACAUAAAAAUAAAUGGUAGUCAUGUAUACAAAUGGGACCAGUUUUCAAAAUGCGGAUAACACUAUCCGACGGAUAGAUCGCUAUCCUGAGAAUAUAGUACGUGUUGACAAAAGAUAACGCGCUAUUCAAUGGAUAGAGAUUUAUCCACUGGGUAGCGUUAUCCACCUUUGAACAAUAGGGAACGGGUUGGAGAGAAGCAGUGUGAGGCUGAAGUGUCUUACCUGAGAAGAGAAAAUAGUGAUCCGGCAACAACCCAAAAAUCCUCGAUCCAUGUGCUCGAGGAAAGCCAUUAGGCUUCAGUAUCCUUACUCCCUCCUUUCCUCACAACUUUUGACAAGACUCCCUUCUGUAAUUACCAAAAACAUGUUCAAACAUUUUUAGCCGCAUUAGGACACACGAUACUUGAAGAAUACAACUGUGGACAAGAAGACAUUGAGUACAAUGUUACUCUUAGAGGCGGUCAGUUUGCCGGGAUUUUCAAGGACCGUGGACCGGUAAAGAAUAUGCAGGAAUGUAUGCAUUUGUGCUGCAAUACAAAGAAAUGUGACGUGGCCAUGAUGCACGGAUCAAAAUGUUUAAAUGUACAUUGUGUGAAUGACACAACUUGUGAGACGAUUCCAGCGGAUGAUGAAGAUAUUGACAUGCAAGUUGCACACAUGACUACUAAAGGAACAAGACAACUGAGUAAGUUUUUAGAAAAUGCUAAUUUUUGAGCAUGAAAAUAAACUACAGAAAGGUUUUUUUCGCUAUAUCACGAGCAUGGGCUGAAGAAAAAGUUUUUAGUUCUCAUGAGGAAUCGGACCCAAGGCACUUGGAUUCCGAAUGUUCUUCCACUGGGCCAAUGAAACUCCCUUUAGACAAAUGGGUCAUAACUUUAUUAUGAGUAGUUUGAAAUCGUUUUGAAUUUCUUGGUGCGAACUAGUGAAGGCGGUCGCGAACCUAUUUCUAAUGGGGCGAACUCGUCAUGGUGCGAGGGAACAGGUAAGAUCGAAGUGGACUUUCUAUGGGGCGAAACCUCCAUAGACCAAAGAGACUACAUUAUUGAUUUUAGGUCUUAAUCUUCUCUUUCAAAUAGCAGCGAGUCCUUUUCUCAGUUUUCUUAUCUUCUGUAGCCGAAGCACCGGUAAGCGACAAUCUUAAGAGUUAUGACCCUGAAGCGAAAUGUCCGCACAACGAGAUCAUGUACAACGUAAAGCUAAUGGGUGGAUUGAAAGCUGGAAAAUUCACAGACAUUGGAAAAGUUAAGAGUAUAAAGACUUGUAUCAGGUAAAUUAAAUUAAAACUAGAUACUAUUUCGAGUGCAACUUGAUUUGGUGUCAAUAAGCACGAGAAAAAUUUUCAAAGACAAAACAAUUGCAUGAGACCGUAGAGCGAGGACAAUUUGUAGUCUUCGAAAAACUCACUAGUGCUUAUUUGCACCAAAUUGCACAAGAUAUCAUGUUGUUACUUGUUAAGAGUUUACAUGAAAAAACGCAUCACGGAAGGGCAAGACGAAAAAAAAUUUGAUAGCGCGCUAUUUGUUAUUUGCACUCGUGUUACAACUUUGCACUCGUGUUACAUAAAAAUUGCACUCGUUUUGAACCACUCGGACGCGUAUGCAUAUUAUUAAAGCCAUUAGCCUAUACUCGAAGUUGAACAUCGGUACCGCUCUGAAUGAAAAUUGCGUUUAAGGAAAAGACUGUAAUUAUGAAUUAAUUUUAGUCUUAUUUGCUCGAAGAUAUUGCUGCGAGUCUAAGGUGCAGCCAUGCGACCUGGCCUUUAUGUUAAGUGACCGCUGUUAUUUGGUGAAAUGCUACUCAGAGGAGAGAUGUCAGGCAAUUCCUGCUGCCGCUAUAGAUCAUUCAUUCAAGCAGAAAAUGGCUUUCGUAGCGCCAUGGUUGUAUCAAAAAGGCAAGAAAGUUGGUAAGUGAAAGGAGUAAGAACAAGCAGUCACAGCACAUUUUUUUUUAAGAAAUCUGAUAAAAUGCAGCUUUUUAUGACUUCUUCCUCCUUAUCUGGUUUACUCAGUGAAAAUUCCAUCUGGCCAGUCUCCACAUCACUUACAAUGCGUUCAAAGCAGACGCUACACAAAGUCCCGACUCCUUGAUGGCCCAAACGCGGGGCUCUUCACUGACGUGGGGCGCGUUGCAAACCCCCAAAUAUGCACCCGCUUGUGCUGCGAGGAUCCUUCCUGUGACUUGGCCUAUAUGUUUGGUCGUACAUGUUUCCUUGUAAAGUGCUACAGCGAGAGAAGCUGUCGCACGAUUCCCGACGAAGACGCUUGGCGCAAUGAUACUAAUUUGGACAGAUCCACGCAAUACAUCGUUACACGAAAGUUUGGUGUAAAAUUAAGAGACGGUAAGGGCUUAUAAACAACUUAAGAUUGCAUAUUACCAUGAGGAAAGGAAGUGGGCUGAAAUCAUUUGUUAAAAACGUCGGUUAUCACCAAAAUCUCCCGCUUUAAACGUGUAGCUUCGCAAAACAGUUCCUGGCUAAAAAACCAAACUGGUAUCUCUACGGCAAGUAUUCUUACUCUAUCGAAGUUGUCUCAGCUCUUCCUUGCUUUCUACCGUUGGCCGGCAGCUGGAACCAAAAUACAACAUAACCUAUGCUACUAAUGAAACACUUUGGCGUUAUUGGGUGUUAAAACUGUUUCAUGUAUUCAAGAUUUCCAGCUGAAAAAAAAAAUGAUUAAAGAACAUGUAGUUCAUGAUGUUUGGAAAGAGUGGAUUGACUCCUCGGCGUAGUUCAGAACUUUCUAUUUCAAUCCGCUUCCAAAAUUUAAACCGAGCGCAGUCCAUGUAAAAUUAAAUUUUUGAUUUAUGAGUCAGAAUUCAGAAUGACGUUGUUUCUGUAAGUCCAAUAUUUUUAAGAUAUGUUUGGUUCUGACAUCAUUGUAAGAGUUCAUCGGCCGAAAUGAGGUGUGCUGUGUUGCCGUAGUUCAGUGUUGUCUUAAACCAAAGAUAACCUGAAUGUUUCACAGCAAAAAAAAAUAUUUUUAUUCUUAUCCUGUUCUUACUAUUAAAGACGGAACUCCCGUUAUACGAACCGAAAUAAACCAAGAAGAAGAGUGUCGACUGGAUGGCGAGAUAAGGAACAAGACAAUUCUCCAGGCCGGCAUGGUAUCUGGAAAAUUGACGCAUCACAAAGGUGUCACAGACAUUAACUCGUGCAUAAAGCGAUGCUGUGAACAGGACCAAUGCCAUGUGGCUAUGAUGAUGGCAGAUAAGUGCUACACGGUCUUUUGUACUAAUAAGCAGUACUGCCAGCCUAAACCAGCUCCGGUAGAGACACACCACACCAACCCCACAGUGGCUUAUGUCAAGAGAGGAGAAAUAAGCUUUGGUAAUGUAUACAUUACAAUAAAGCCGUUUUUGUUAUCCUUUGAAUUAAUUGUCGAAACGGUGAGAUCAAAGGGCCAAUCAGAACAAAAGUUAACAUCUCCAUUAACCGAUAAGUAUUCAAGGUGAAGAACGGCAAACUGUUUGAAGCGGGAAGACAUGUGUGACCAAUCAGAAUUGAUUUAAUUUCAUGUCCAAUUGGUUAGGGAAGUAGUGUGAGUACACUAGACCAAUCACAGAGCAAGGUGAAACGAAACCGAAGCAGUUUUGCAUCUCAUUCCAUUCAAAUCUGCUCUUUGGGGUUAAAUCAGUUUAAAUACAGAAAACCAUGCAACUGAGAGUAUAACUUGCUACCUGUUAUCUUGUCUCUUUUUUCUUUCAAGAGGAAACUAAUUACGUUGGCACAAAAUAGAGACAUACAUUUAUUUAUCAAAAUACCUAUCUUAUCAUUGUUUUUACAACAAAAAAUCCUGCAGCACCUAAACCAAAGUCGGUGAUGCCGCGAAUUGAAAGAUUCCACCCUAAAGUAGUGCAAGAUGUCGAAGAAGAAUAUCUUGAAGCUGAUGACAAUAACGUCAAAGGCAGUAUCGACGUGGAUGCCAGCCAACGCAGCAGUUUGCCGAGCAUCCCAAGUAAAGAGGCUGAAGCAGAGGUCUUUGGGAGUGGAGGCAUUGAGGAAGUCGAAGAGUAUCAAAGUGGUAGUGGGGACAGUGAAAGUAAUGAUGAUAGCGGUGACCAAAGCGGGUCGGGAGAAAAUGUAGAGCAGGAUGAGGAAAGUGGAGACGAGUCCAGCAGUGAGAGCGGAGCUGAAGACAAUGAAGCCGAAGGUAGUGGGAACGAGGAUAGCGGAGCUGAAGAUAGCGGAGCUGAGGAUAGCGGAGCUGAGGAUAGUGGAGCGAGCGGAGAGGAAGAAGACAGUGGGGUCAGCGGAGACAGCGGAGACAGCGGAGACAGCGGAGACAGCGGAGACAGCGGAGACAGCGGAGACAGAGGAGACAGUGGAGACAGCGGGGAUAGCGGGGAUGAAGAAAGCGGCGAUGAAGAUGAGGAUAGAGAAGAUGAACUUCAAGGACUAGCCCAACUCAGGAAUAUUCUGAGCCUCAAAGGCGUUCUUUGAUCAUAGUUACAAUAGUAAAACGGUAGUUUUAAUGGAAUCAACAAUGCUUCGUAUAGGAGUUUAGUUUUUUUUUUUUACGUCAAGAAGUAGUGGCUCAGAAUCUGAAUACUUAGGGAUGCGUGUUUGCUGACGAGGCCUUACUUCAAGGCCUUUUGGCCCAAAGGUUGUUUUCAACUACAUUCCUUGAGGGAGUGACUUGCUUUUCAGUUUGUGAGAGAAAAAGAGUUAAGAUCUACCUGAACGCUCACAUGAUCGAAAAAUACAGCACUUGACACAAAAUAAAGAUCCAUGGAAUAUCACUGUGUUUGCUCCGUUCACCGCAAAUUUUACUAACUAAAGUAAAUUUUUCUCUUCGUUUUUUUUUAGUCUCUGUUACAACGUGUUACUAGCCUAACUACCUUUUAAAGACUUGAUCUAAACUGGGUAAAUAUGUACAAAUUUGGA